GCCCGCGCCCUGAGCUGGGAGGAGGGUCAGAGCGGCAAAUUGCGUCCACACUUAUUGGGUGGCUUUGAGGGAAAGUCGAGGAAGCAGCAUGGAAAUGCCAUUUCAAGUCCUCCGAGUCCCGACCCUGUAAAAAUGCCGCCAUCAAAUGGCUUAAAGAUGAUGCUCAGCUUGUCAAGCGCUUACUGCUCAAGAACGGAAGAUUUAAAGUCGGGUCCCCAGCACACACAAAUAAGAGACUGAACCCCGGAGUGACAUGGUAUGGGGAGAGGGGAAGGGGCGGAGAUCCCUGGAGCACACUGGCCGGGUCUCACUAUUGUAGCUCUGCUUGCCCUGGAGCUCUCUGUGUAGACCAGGACGACCUCCAAUUGAUAGAGAUCCACCUGCCUCUGUCUCUGGAGUCCUGGGAUUUAAGGCGUUCGUCACCACGCCGGACCCUAGUUCGUGUUUUCGGUAAAUUCAGGUUCUUAUCACAAAGUGGACCCUGAAGCCUUCAGCAGGAAUUCCAAUGGGACAGAUAAUUCCAGAAGCAUGAGGAUAUUUACCCUCGCUACGUUCACAGUCUGCUGCCACUUGCUAAGAGCCUUCACCAUCACGGCUCCCAAGGACCUGUACGUGGUGGAGCACGGCAGCAAUGUCACGAUUGAAUGCAGAUUCCCGGUAGAACACCAGCUGGACCUGCCCGCCUUAGUUGUCUACUGGGAGAAGGACAACCAUCAAGUUAUUCAAUUCGUAGAUGGAAAGACAGAUCGGCAAGACAGUAGCUUCAAGGGGAGAGCCUCGUUGCCAAAGGAACAGAUUUUAAAGGGAAAUGCUGGGCUUCACAUCACGAACGUGAAGCUGCGGGACACCGGUGUUUACUGUUGCAUGAUCAGCUACGGUGGCGCAGACUACAAGCGGAUCACACUGAAAGUCAAUGCCCCGUACCACAAAAUCAACCACAGAAUUUUCAUGGAUCCAGCCACGUCUGAGCACGAACUAACAUGUCAGGCUGAGGGCUACCCAGAAGCUGAAGUGAUCUGGACAAACAGAGACAACCAAUCCCUGAGUGGCAAGACCACUGUCACCACUUCCCAGACAGAAGAGAAGUUUUUCAAUGUGACCAGCACUCUGAGGAUCAACGCAACAGCUAAUGAUGUUUUCUACUGUACAUUUUGGAGAUCACAGUCAGGGGAAAACUACACAGCUGAGUUGAUCAUCCCAGAACCACCUGCAGAAUUUCUCCCAAGUAAUAGGACUCACUGGGUACUUCUGGGAUCGCUUCUACUGGUGGUCUUUGUUGUAGGCCUGGUCUUCUGCCUAAGAAAACAAGUGAAAACUCUAGAUGUGGAGAAAUGUGGCUUCGAAGACACAAAGUCAAAAAACCAAAACAAUACACAGUUCGAGGAGACGUAAGCAUCACGGAAACCUCUGAUCUUCGAGGUGGGUUUGGCAGUCUGUGGUCUGUGAAUGAAGGGACCCUUGGGAUGUGGGCCCAAGGACUCAAAAUGGAACCUGGGAAGACAAGAGAAGAGAGAAAAAAGGCGAGCCUGGGACAAAGGACAUUUCUGCAGGAGACACCAAUAAGCAAGUUACCCGUUAAUCAUCUUGGAAAAGUGGGCUGAGAACCCCUGGCUCAACAUCUGGCCCUUGCAGAAGUGCCCUUUCCCUCCACUCGGUGCCUGGAUGGGCGGCGGAGAGUCACGAGUGUUGAAGUAUGAGUGUUCCUAUUUAUUUUGAGUUUGUGUGUGUUGUCGAGGGAGUGUGGUUGUGCCUGCUGCGUUCUAAAACAUAAUAGAUGCUAACAUACGGUCACCAAACUCUACUGCUGCUUACCAACUUGUCCACAGGCAGAAAAGCAAGUGCACUUGUGAGGUGCUUGAUGUCCUCUGUGACUACUAGUGUAAGCGGGACACGUGGAGAACACACGCUUGGUUCGACAGUGCUCUUGCUAUUCGACUUGAAUAAUCUUUAUUCUCAGUCCUUGAGGCUCUGUGGUAGUAAUUGUUCCAUUGAAGUGUCAGCUUUACAAGUGUACUACAUGCCACAGUCUCAUUUCAUCUCCAUAGCAACAACCCUCAGGGUACUCACUUCUCCACUAGCCCAAGAAGCUGAGCAAUUAAGUAACUUGCCCACAGAAUAACAGCUAUCAGAUUUCUGUCCUUUCAGGAUACAGUUUAUAGCUAAGAAAUGAAUUUAAAAACUGCUUAAGUAGCAUUGAUUUCACACAGCCUUGUAUACCAUGCUGGCCCUGAGCAUAGAGAUGCAAGCCAGGGUACUGGCUGGAUAUGCGUAUGCAUAUGCUUAAAUUCAAUACUCAAAGCAAUGUUCAUUGACAAGGAGUCUAUAUUUAAAAGACUCUGGAAGUAACUCUUGAGUUCCUUGUCUAGCAUUGGAUUUACAUCUGAUUGGUUACCUUCGCCAUACAGUCUCACAUCCUCCUUGUGAUAUCUGGCAUUGCUUAAAAGUUCUUUUUUAUUUUUCUAUCUAAAUGAUAUUGAGGGUUGGGGAGAUAGCUCAGCUGUAAAACACUUUCCUCACAAGGUAUAAAUCCCCAAAUUUGUUCCCCAGAACCCACAUACAAAAACAGCUGGGUAUAUCUGCAUGUGUUUGAUCCCAGCACCAGGGAGGCAGAGACAGGCAGAUCCCUAACUCUCAUUGGCUGGCCAGGCUUAUGAGAGCUGAUACCUCAAAAAAUAAUGUAGACAGUGCCUGAGAAAUGAUGCCUGCACACACACAUGCACUACACAUGCACAUGGACACACAUGCAAUCCAAAUACAUAUCAACAGGGUGCUGACUCAGAACGGUCCCAAAGACAAAAUAAAACUCUAUUCCAUUGCCCUAGCCUUGCUAGCCCCUUCCCAGAAGCAACUGGUGUUGUUUUUUUGCACAUAUAUUUUCCCAAAGACGAUUAAUAGGUAGAAAUAUAUGUUAAAGUACCUAUAUCUAUAUUUUAAUUCCCAAAUAGUAGCUCACUGUGUAUUUUCUAUAUUUGCCCUUUUUAUUUAAUGUUCUGAUCUUUAUGCAGCUGCUGGACCCUAUUUAAAGAUCCAAGAAGGGAACUGCCUCCUUUCUAGGGUUUUCCUUCCCAUACCUCCAGAUGUUUCUCAUACUGCCUAGGCCAGGCAUUGUGUCUGCUAUCCCUACCUGUAAGAUACCAUUUAUAGAGCACUUACUUACUCGCUCACUGAAUUUGUGUUUGGUUUAUUUUAUGUCUGCUCAAAGGGAGACCAUGAGUCCCCAGGGUGCACUGAGUCAACCGAACACCAAGGAGUUGGUAGCCUUCUGGGUCACUCAGCACACCAAGGAGUCGGUAGCCUUCUCUGUGACUCAGCACACCAAGGAGUCGGUAGCCUUCUGGGUCACUCAGCGAGACACAGUGCUGGUACUGCUGUUUUCCCUCUGCUUCUUUUCUUAAACACAGAUGCUCCGCUUGCUUAUUAUAGGUUCUCCCUGGAAAUCCCAGCAUUGCUCCUCCUGCUGGUUGCCCUGGACCUGCCCCUUAGCUCUGCCUGAACCCUUGAAGGUCACUGCCUCUCAUUGCCACAGGGGCCUCAAAGAUAAUGUUUUCUUGGGGGGAGGAGGGGAGAAAGAGCCCAGAGCUUUCUUUCAGUCCUCUUUGUCUGGUCCCAUGUCAGGGCUGAAGAAACAGGCCAGGUAUGGUGGUGCAUACAUGUCUCUAAUCCCAGCCUUCAGGAGGAGGGGCAGGUAGAUCUCUAUGAGUUGAGGCCAGCCUGGCCUACAUAGAGUCCAAGUCAGCCAGGGCAACACAGUGAAAUCCUGUCUCAGAGGUAAGACUGAUAAAUCAGAACCCCCAAGGGAACCCUUCUGUUACCCGUUCACACGUUUAUUUGCGGGAUGAUUCUCAUGGCAAUGUCCUGUUUGUAUGAAGUUUAAGAAAAUAUAUAGUCGAGCGAGACUCCACUUACUUACUUUAUUUGAAAUCUUAACACCGUCUCACGGCGUUGGAUUGUAAUGGCACUUUAUACUUUUGUGUUGUGGAUCGCCCUAAAUGUAAAUUUUAUUUUGCAUCUAAUUGUCAUUGUAUUGCAUUAAUUUAAUAAAAUAUUCUUAUUUAUUAAA